CGUCGUUAAAAAUCCCCAAAUUGUUCGCCGUCAGUCACAACUCACACCGUCGGAGCUGAAAAAUGUUGGGUCGAUUGGCAUCCAGACGUCUCACCGAGAUCCGUCAAGUCUUCCGUCAAUCACCUCAGGCGACUCGAUCGUUAUCCGCUGCCCUAAAUUAUCACCUUGAUUCUCCUGAUAAUAAUCCGGAUCUUCCUUGGGAGUUUAGUGAUGCUAACAAACCUAAGGUAAAGGAGAUAUUGUCUCAUUAUCCGUCAAAUUACAAGCAGUCUGCAGUCAUUCCUCUGCUGGAUCUUGCACAACAGCAGCAUGGGGGGUGGCUUCCUGUUUCAGCAAUGAAUGCGGUGGCUAAAGUGAUAGAAGUUGCUCCUAUUCGCGUGUACGAGGUUGCGACAUUUUAUUCAAUGUUCAACAGAGCAAAGGUCGGCAAAUAUCAUCUUUUGGUCUGUGGAACAACUCCUUGUAUGAUUCGUGGGUCACGAGAUAUUGAAGAUGCAUUGUUGAAGCACUUGGGAGUUAAACGGAAUGAGGUUACAAAAGAUGGCUUAUUCUCUGUCGGAGAAAUGGAAUGCAUGGGUUGCUGUGUAAAUGCUCCUAUGAUUACUGUGGCAGAUUAUUCAAAUGGAUCUGAAGGAUAUACAUAUAACUACUAUGAAGAUGUAACACCAAAGAGAGUUGUAGAAAUAGUCGAGGCUCUAAGACGUGGAGAGAAGCCACCGCGUGGCACACAGAACCCACAGCGGAUCAAUUGCGGGCCAGAAGGUGGGAACACUACAUUGUUGGGUGAGCCCAAACCGCCCCCAUGUCGUGACCUAGACGCCUGCUGAGGCGCCCGUUUUUCACGUCAAAUGUUUUUUUUCUUAAUAAUUUGUCGGUUUGAGCUGUUUGAUCGUUGUACCGAAAUGUAUAACAAAACUAUAAUGUUUUUGGAUUUUUUUUUUGCCAAAUAUGGAAUGAUUUUUAGAUGAUAAAAUUCACAAAUUGUUGACAUAAUGCAUGUACUUAUGUAUAUGUAUGGAACGAGCGGUUCUGAUGUGUUUGUUAACUUUUA